AAGACGAGCCGCGGGCGGCAGGACACCCUCACUAGUGGACAAACUUUCUCAACUCUUCAGCACCCACUCACCGCGGACCUGGGUCAUGCUUUGAUAGUCUUAGAUGUUAAAGUAAAGGAUAGCGUUUAGUUUUCUUGUUGUGAAGCGGUUUUAAGGUCUGUGCUGGUGGCGGUCGUGGGACUGAAUUACCGCCCGGGUGAUUAUAUUUCCAGCGGGCAGCCGUGCAUCCUGUCCGGGAAGAGGUUAGCGGUAACACCGCGGGGACUCUGCAGUAAAACGAAACCCGAGGACCUUUUACGGAACUGCAAUCUGGAAGUGUUUCUCUUUCGUAACCUGCGUUUUCUACCCGCUGGAGUUUUGCAACUUUUAACCAGAAAUGGUUGGCAGGUUGAACUUGCCAAAUGUAUGUGAAGGAGACCCACUGGAUGUGAUGAGCUGCAGGGCUGAUAGAGGACUUGACAGCCCGGACUCUGGGUUACCCCCGAGCCCGAGCCCCAGCGCCUGGCUGCUGCCUGCGUGCGCGGAGAAAGCCGGGGGCGUGAGCCCGGUGUCUGAAGACGAGGGAAGGGGCUCCCUGGUUCCAGUUUUACCCACUGGGUCAUUCCAGCAACUACAACCGUUGUCCUUUGGGGAAGGCAUAGCACUUGAUCCAUUACCUGCAAAGGAAGUAAGAUACACCUCAUCCGUGCACUACAACUCGGACCGCCACUUCAUCCAGGGCGUGGCCCUGCAGCCAUGGGGCCAGGGCCUUGAACACUGCAGGCAGACCAUCAUGGCCAUGCCCCACAGUACCUGGCGCCACUACAAGACGCAGCUGGAGUUCCAGCCUCGCCAUCGGCCGCAGCACUUCAAGAGUACCACCAUCAUCUACCCCAAGAAAACCAGCGCGGUCUACACCACGGAGCUGAGCUACGACUGCCACCGGCUAUCCAGGCGUUUCCUCUCCAGUGUGGAACUGGAGGCGACUGGCCGCAGAGAGCUACCUCAGUGAGGGUGGGAGGGGGUUGACAGGUGGCUGGGGACACAUAAGUGUGGUUAUUCCCAAGGCCCCAAUACUGUAACUCCCCCGAGGCUGGCUGCCACUGACCUGCUGUUUUGUCUUUUUACACUUGUGUAGCCUGUUAUCCUUUUUAAGGUCCCUUCCCAAGAUGUGGAAAGGAAGCAUCUGUGCUGCAAUAUUUCAGAAAUCAGAGGUGACAAGACAUCAGCCCAUAUCAGGAAUGGAUAUUUCAUUAAAUGCUUCACUUUGCAGCUUGUUGGUUUCCAGAGGCAUGCUGAUGUUUGAUUUUUUUAUUUUUUUUUAAGGUCAACUCAUAUGGAGAUGAGAAGACUUUCUCACGCUCCUCAUGUCACAUCAAGCUGGUCAAGUAUGCAGAGUGAUUGGUUUAAAUUGGAACGAAGAGGCCCGCCUUAGCUCAAAGAAUUUGUCUGUAAUCCUAGAGAAGAGUGCUUUUAGAACUGUAUGUGUGACGGACGGGUAUGUGAGGGAGAGGAAGGGCAAUUAAAUGUGGUGCUGGAGUUUGGGUGCAUGCUAAGGAAUCACUAACUUAUCCACACUGUACAGAGGUUGUGGUGAAUAUACUUUCUUCACAGGGUAUUAUGUAUUUCUGCACAUUAGCACAAGCUAAGCUCUUCCCAUGCCUUCCCUCUGGCCACUGUUUUAGGCUGCGAUUCAUAUUGUAUUAUGUAAAUGUUGGUAGAUGAAGAGAACUUGCGUAAGCUCAAACAAACCGAUUAAGUAGGUAGUAUAGAUGGAUCUUGAGUGUGUGGAGUUUACUGAGAAGUGGAUUGUAUUUGUGAUAUUACUCACGAGCUUACUAGUGAAAAUACAAGCUGCAUUCCACUGCUAUCACAUUCUUCGGCUUGACUUGGAUUGAAAUUGUAUUUAUUCUGUUGAAGUUUUUAGGUUGUGAGAUUUUUAUCAGCUGAUUCACGGGUCUCUCCACAGACACGGCAAGGCAUAUUUUCGUGAUGGCCUCUCUGCCUUAUUGAUGUAUCUGUGAUGCUUGUUUUUGGUAUUAGUCUCUUUUUCAGUGCCAGUUUGAAAUAAAGUGUUCAUUAGUUCAGUACUUGUGUGUUUUAUGA